GCUGACAGACCCUGGGCGCUUGAGGGCAAAUAAUUAACAACCGCGACAGACCUCCCCCGCCGACAUCAUCUCCGACGCGCCAACGACGAAACUUGAAUCGCCAGCGCACCUACUGGGACAAAGACAUACGACAACAACACAGCUAAUCAACCUUCCAAGAAAUGGACGCGGGAAAGGCGGCCCAAGUGCUGCGCAAAAUCGAAGACCUUAAUGAGAACCAUGAAAUCUCCAUCAUCAGACUCAGCGAACCCAUCUCCAGCGCCGUCGCGCAAGAAUCACGGCAACGGACGUCAGACGCAUCCAACGCAUCCCAAGAUGCCGCGACACCAGCCAGCCUAGAGGCCGACCUCGAACACUACAAGGAGCUCUUCGCCAAGCUUCGGUUCUCCUACGUUGAGCAAGUCACGAAAGAAAAGUUCAUACGUGCCAUCGUUGGCGAUCCGCCCGUCAUCGUCACGCCGCAGGAGAAUCUGGAGCUAGAAAAGGCGAACCUCGAGGCCAAGGCGCAACUCAAGGCGCUCAAGGUGGAAGUCGCGGACAUGGUGACGGAGCUGGAGAGGAAGGGCAAGGAGCUGGCUAAGCGGUACGAGAACGUGUCGCUGGAUACGACGAAGCUGAGGGAGCUGCCCGACAAAAUUGCCGAGUUGGAGGAGCAGGUGGCGGAGCUCAAAGAGUCGCAAGCACCGGGACAGAGCCCGAUGAUGAACCUGCCUCUGGCGAGGACCCUCGAACUGGUGGACGAGAAGAAGAGGCAGCAGCAGCAGUUGGAUCGCGAGCUGGAGCAGUUGCAGGCCAGGGUGCCGCGCAAGAGAAAGGAGCUGGAAAGGCUGCAGGCUGAGCUGAUGCCCUUGGAGGCCAAAAGGCAGAACAGCACGGCAGCUGCCAAGGAGGCGCGAAGGCGGAAGGAUAGAGCCGGUGGUGAUGCAGACGACCUCGAGGAGCGGGGCCGCUGGUUGAGGGCCAGCGAGGCGGCGCUCAAGCAGAUGUUGGAUAUCCAGGGUUGAGAGGGGGUUGGUACAACGGGCGGAUGGGAAGACGGUGGACGACGUAAUGAUUUUGUAUACCCGCACACAGCAGGCCCAGUCAUGGGUUAAAAGACGGCGUUCCCAGGCGUUUGGAGAUGACAUGAAUUCACCGACUCGUUUUACUCGUUUUAAUGGCGCCAGCUACAAUGCCAUCACUCAAUGGUGGAAUGCGAAUUUACCUCUGUCCUGCCUCGCAUCCUCACCUCAUUCUGUUCUGAGUGCAAUUUGCUGUAUCGCAUAGUAGCUGACAUACAACACGGGAAGCAUCCGCUGCAGUCUCAAAGAGACAAAAUAGUCUCAAAUGGGGCUGUCCAGGGGUUUGUCACCA